AUGGCUAGUCUACUGUGGCUUGCUCACUUUCUCUGCUUCUUUUUGUUUCACUUGCAUUUUCAAGCUUCUCUAUCUUUUUCUUUUAAUUCCUCCUCUGCUGCCAUGCUGUGCCAGCAUGACCAGAGUCUUGCCUUGCUCCAAUUCAAGAAAACCUUUUCCAUCACAAGUGAUGCCUCUUCCUGGGAUUUCCCUUACCCCAAGCCUUAUCCAAAGACUGAGUCUUGGAAAGAGGGCACGGAUUGCUGCUGGUGGGAUGGGGUCACUUGCGACAUAGAAACGGGUAAUGUAAUUGGCCUUAACCUUUCUUCUAGCUUGCUCUAUGGUACCAUCCAUUCUAAUAAUGCUCUUUUCUUCCUUCCUCAUCUCCAAAAGCUUGACCUCUCUAACAAUGAUUUCAACCGCUCUCAAAUUGUACCUCAGUUUGGCCAGUUUUUGAAUUUAUCAUAUCUUAACCUAAACUACUCUGUUUUUGAGGGCCGAAUUCCACUAGAAAUUUCUUAUCUGUCUGGUUUGGUUUCGCUUGAUGUUUCUAGGAACAAUUAUUUAAUACUUGAAGCCACUACUUUUAAUGAGCUUGUUCAUAACUUAUCCCAGUUACGGGAAUUAGACUUGAGUGAAGUAAACAUGUCUUUGGUUGCACCUAGUUCCCUGAUGAAUUUGUCUUUUUCUUUGACAUCUCUCAAUCUCCAUUCUUGUUCAUUGGAAGGCAAAUUCCCAGAUAUCAGUCAUCUAUCUGUACUGGUUUCACUUGAUCUUUCUGAUAACUAUGAUUUGAUACAAGAAAGCACUUAUUUUAAAAAGCUUGUUCAAAACCUAACCCAGUUACAAGAAUUGGACUUGAGUGGUGUAAACAUGUCUUUGGUCGCACUUAGUUCCUUGAUGAAUUUGUCUUCUUCUUUGACGUCUCUUAAACUAAGCAGAAGCCAAUUGCAUGGCAAAUUCCCAGAUAUCAGUCAUCUAUCUGUACUGGUUUCACUUGAUCUUUCUGAUAACUAUGAUUUGAUACAAGAAAGCACUUAUUUUAAAAAGCUUGUUCAAAACCUAACCCAGUUACAAGAAUUGGACUUGAGUGGUGUAAACAUGUCUUUGGUUGCACUUAGUUCCUUGAUGAAUUUGUCUUCUUCUUUGACGUCUCUUAAACUAAGGAGAAGCCAAUUGCAUGGGAAAUUCCCAGAUAUCAGUCAUCUAUCUGUACUGGUUUCACUUGAUCUUUCUGAUAAUUAUGAUUUGAUACAAGAAAGCACUUAUUUUAAAAAGCUUGUUCAAAACCUAACCCAGUUACAAGAAUUGGACUUGAGUGGUGUAAACAUGUCUUUGGUUGCACUUAGUUCCUUGAUAAAUUUGUCUUCUUCUUUGACGUCUCUUAAACUAAGGAGAAGCCAAUUGCAUGGGAAAUUCCCAGAUAUCAGUCAUCUAUCCAAAUUGGUUUCAUUGGUCCUCUCCCACAACAAUUUUAAUGGUGAGAUUCCCUCCUCAUUUGGAAACCUUAAACAGCUUCGUACUUUGAGCCUCCGCAACAGCAGUCUCGGUGGUCAAAUUCCAUCCUCACUUGGAAGCCUUAAGGAACUCUUUAUAUUGGACCUCUCCUAUAACAAUUUUAAUGAUGAGAUUCCCUCCUCAUUUGAAAACCUUAAACAACUUGAAGAAAUGUACCUCAGCAACAACAAUCUCAGUGGUCAAAUUCCAUCCUCACUUGGAAGUCUUAAAGAACUUUUUUUAUUGGGUCUCUCCUACAACAAUUUUAAUGGUGAGAUUCCCUCCUCAUUUGAAAACCUUAAACAUCUUCUAAUUUUGGACCUCAGCAACAACAAUCUCAGUGGUCAAAUUUCAUCCUUACUUACGGGGCUUAAAGACAUCUUCUUAUUGGAUCUCUCCGAUAACAAUUUUAAAGGUCGCAUCACUAUCCAAGGAAGCAGGCUUUCAAGUUUAGCAUACCUCGAUUUAUCCAACAACUUGUUACAUGGCCCAAUUCCAAGUUCAAUUUUCAAACUUGUGAGGUUGAGUGUUGUCAUUCUUUCAUCCAAUAAAUUGAUAGGAGAAGUCUCUUCUGCAGUUUGCGAGUUAAAUUCUCUUCAAAUUCUUGACCUGUCAAACAAUAGUUUGAACGGCUUCAUGCCACAAUGUUUGGGAAAUUUCAGCAACAAUCUUUCAGUAUUGCACUUGGGCAUGAACAAAUUCCAUGGAACCAUCCUUGAAUCGUUUUCAAUAGGCAACAACUUGAGAUAUUUGAACUUCAAUGGUAACCAACUGCAAGGGAAAAUUCCACCUUCCAUCUGCAAUUGUACAAAUUUGGAAAUUUUAGAUAUUGGAAACAAUAAUAUAGAUGACACAUUCCCCCAUUUUCUGGCAACACUUUCGAAGCUACAAAUUCUAAUUCUAAAAUCCAAUAAAUUUCAUGGUUUGGUGAAAGGGACCUCUACCAAUUAUUCAUUCUCAAAGCUACGAAUUUUUGACCUCUCCAACAACAUGUUUAACGGACCUUUACCUGCAGAGUAUUUCAAUAAUUUCAAGGCAAUGAUGAUCUUUGAUUUGAAUAUGAAAUACAUGGGAGCACCAAAUUAUUCUUCAUAUGAUUAUUCUGUGAGUCUGACACUCAAAGGCUUAGAGAUUGAGUUGGUGAAAAUCCAAACACUUCUUACAUCCAUUGAUUUGUCGGGCAAUAAAUUCACAGGGGAGAUCCCACAGUCAAUUGGAAAACUUAAAUCACUUAAGUUGCUCAACUUGUCUCACAAUCAACUCACAGGCAAUAUUCAACCAUCAUUGGGGAAUUUGAGCAAUUUGGAAUCUUUAGACCUCUCUUCAAAUCUUCUUGUUGGAAGGAUUCCAAUGCAGUUGACAUAUCUGACAUUUUUGGAAGUGUUUCGGGUUUCAAAUAAUCAACUUGAAGGACCUGUACCUGAAGGAAAGCAGUUCAACACAUUCGAUAGCAUUUCAUAUGAAGGAAAUUUGGGAUUGUGCGGAUUUCCGCUAGAAAAAUGUGACAAUGGGGAGAGGCAACAACCAGCAGCAUCAAAAGAAAUUGAUUCCAAGUCUAAAAUUGGAUUUGGUUGGAAAGUUGUAUCGGCAGGGUAUGGAUGUGGAGUAAUAUUUGGUAUUGCAAUGGGAUAUGUUGUGUUUAAAACAAGAAAACCUACAUGGGUUGUGAGGAUGGUUGAAGGUGAAGGGCAUCGAAAGUUAAAAAGAUUUAGCAAUUAA